UUUUUGUCUGUUACCUUAUAAUGGUGGACUGCGCACAAUAUAUUAUUUCUUCAACUUAUUAACAAAUUUGUUCGAACCUUUUUACCAAUUCAUUGGAAUCGUUUUAUAUUAACAUGGAUAUACACGCAGGAGAGAAGCCAUACAAGUGUAAGGUCUGUGGGUCCGAUUUGUUCCGGAAAUCUCAUUUAAAGCGUCAUAUGAAAAUACAUACAGAAGAGAAACCAUACAAGUGUGAGAUAUGUUCGGCUAAUUUUGCUCUUAAAACUGAUUUAAAACGACACACGAGAAUACAUACAGGAGAGAAGCCGUACAUGUGUGAGACAUGUGAUGCUGCUUUCUCUCAGAAAGGUGAUUUACAGAAACAUAUAAAAAUGCACAUAAGAGAGAAGCCACACAACUGUGAGAUAUGUGAUACUGCUUUCUCUCAGAAAAGUCCUUUACAAACACAUAUAAGAAUACACACAGGAGAGAAGCCAUACAAGUGUGAGAUAUGUUAUGCUGCUUUCUCUCAGAAACAUCAUUUGCAAUCACAUAUUAGAAUACACACAGGCGAGAAGCCAUACAAGUGUGAGAUAUGUGAUGCUGCUUUCUCUCAGAAAAGUCCUUUACAAACACAUAUAAGAAUACACACAGGAGAGAAGCCAUACAAGUGUGAGAUAUGUUAUGCUGCUUUUUCUCAGAAAGGUCAUUUACAAAAGCAUAUUAGAAUACACACGGGAGAGAAGCCAUACACUUGUGAGAUAUGUGAUGCUGAUUUCUCUCAGAAAGUUGAUUUACAGAAACAUGUAAGAAUGCACACAGGAGAAAAGCCAUACAAGUGUGGCAUAUGUGAUACUGCUUUUUCUCAGAAAUGCUAUUUACAUAAACAUAAAAUAAUACACACAGGAGUGAAGCCGUAUAAGUGUGAGACGUGUGAUGCAAAUUUCUCUCGGAAAAGUAAUUUACAGACACAUAUACGAAACCACACGGAAGAGCAGCAAUACAAGUGUGAGAUAUGCGAUGCUGGUUUCUCUCGGAAAGGUGAUUUACAGAGACAUUUAAGAGUACACACAGGAGAGAAGCCAUUCAAGUGUGGGAUAUGUGAUGCUGCUUUCUCUCACAAACAUCAUUUAGAAUCACAUAUUAGAAUACACACAGGGGAGAAGCCAUACAAGUGUGAGAUAUGUGAUGCUGCUUUCUCUCAAAAAAGUCCUUUACAAACACAUAUAAGAAUACACACAGGAGAGAAGCCAUACAAGUGUGAGAUAUGUGAUGCUGCUUUCUCUCAGAAAGGUCAUUUACAGAAACAUGUAAGAAUACACACGGGAGAGAAGCCAUACAAGUGUAAGGUAUGUGAUGCUGCUUUCUCUCAGAAAGGUUCAUUACAGAGGCAUAUAAUAAUACACACAGGAGUGAAGCCGUACAAGUGACUGUGUGAUACAUGUGAUGCUGAAUUUUUUCUAGAAAUGUAGUUUACAGACACAUAUAUGAAAACACUCAUAAGAAAAGCCGGAGCUCUUUGAGUCAUGUGGGGCUGAUUUCUUUAAAAAAGUGAUUUGAAAACACGUAAAAGAAUACAUCCAGAAAAGAAACUAUAAAAGUAUGAGAUAUGUGAUGUUGAAUACUCUCAGAUAAACUGUUCACAGAAACAUAAUAGAAUACCCACAGGAGAGAUGCCAUACAAGUGUGAGAUAUGUGAUUCUGAUUUCUCGCUGAAACGUGAUUUACAAAGGCAUAUGAGAAUAAACUCAGGAAAGAAGCCAUUCAAAUGUAAAGCAGAUGGUGUUACCUAUUUAAAACAAUUUGAAAACUGAUUUUAAAGGGAUUCACUUAGAACGAGAAGCGAUGUAUAUGUGGUUCUGCUUAAACUUUAGGAAUUUUACCAUUUCGUUAUACGGUGAACUUUCAGAACAUCUGAGAUGCCCUUUGAUGUCGUUGGUGUCCUUUAAGAAUAUCUAAGAUGCUCUUAGAUGUCGUUGGUGGACGUUUAGAAUGUCUAGGAUGCACUUAGAUGUCGUUAGUGGACUUUUAGAAUAUCUAAGAUGUUCUUAGAUGACGUUGGUGUACUUUAAGGAUAUCUAGGAUGCUCUUAGAUGUCGUUGGUGUACUUUAAGAAUAUCUAAGAUGCUCUUAGAUGUCGUUGGUGUACUUUAAGAAUAUCUAAGAUGCUCUUAGAUGUCGUUGGUGGACUUUUAGAAUAUCUAAGAUGCUAUUAGAUGACGUUGGUGGACUUUAAGAAUAUCUAGGAUGCUCUUAGAUGUCGUUGGUGGACCUUUAGAAUAUCUAGGAUGCACUUAGAUGUCGUUGGUGGACUUUUAGAAUAUCUAAGAUGCUCUUAGAUGUCGUUGGUGCACUUUUAGAAUAUCUAGGAUGCACUUAGAUGUCGUUAGUGGACUUUUAGAAUAUCGAAGAUGCUCUUAGAUGUCGUUAGUGGACUUUAAGAAUAUAUACGAUGCUCUUAGAUGUCGUUGGUGGACUUAAAGAAUAUCUAAGAUGAUCUUAGAUAUCGUUGGUGGACUUUCAGAGUAUCUAAGAUGCUCUUAGAUAUCGUUGGUGGACUUUUAGAAUAUCAAGGAUGCUCUUAGAUGUCGUUGGUGUACUUUAAGAAUAUCUAGGAUGCUCUUAGAUGUCGUUGAUGUACUUUUAGAAUAUCAAGGGUGCUCUUAGAUGUCGUUGGUGUACUUUAAGAAUAUCUAGGAUGCUCUUAGAUGUCGUUGGUGUACUUUUAGAAUAUCAAGGAUGCUCUUAGAUGUCGUUGGUGUACUUUAAGAAUAUCUAGGAUGCUCUUAGAUGUCGUUGGUGUACUUUUAGAAUAUCAAGGAUGCUCUUAGAUGUCGUUGGUGGACUUUUAGAAUAUCUAGGAUGCUCUUAGAUGUCGUUGGUGGACUUUUAGAAUAUCUAGGAUGCACUUAGAUGUCGUUGAUGUACUUUUAGAAUAUCUAAGAUGCACUUAGAUGUCGUUGGUGUACUUUAAGAACGUAUUGGCCGAAUGUAUCCACGACUUUUGUGUUCAAUUCUAUUUUAGUUUGUGUUUAAUAACAUACAAUGUUAAUUAUAUAUGUGUACGCCUUUGUUUUUAAUACAUCGAACUAUUUAUAAUAAUAAUAAUGAUAAUAAUAAUAAUAAUAAUAACAAUAAUUUAUAAUACCCCCACAAACGAAGUUUGAGGGGGUAUUUAGGAGUGAGCUUGUCGGUCGGUCGGUCGGUCGGUCGGUUUUCAUAGUUUCCGGACGAUGACUCAUGAAAGGCUAGACAGAUUUGAAAAUUUUUGGUACACAGGUGUAACAUCAGAAGAUACAGGUCAAGUUCGAUAUUGGGGCAGGUGGGGCCAAGGUCAAGGUCACUGUUACUUAAAAAAGAAAAACGGUUUCCGGACGAUAACUCAUGAAAGGCUUGACAGAUUUGAUUUUUUUUUGGUACACAGGUGUAGCAUCAGAAGAUACAGGCCAAGUUCGAUUUUGGGGCUGGUGGGGCCAAGGUCAAGGUCACUGUUACUAAAAAAAGAAAAACGGUUUCCGGACGAUAACUCAUGAAAGGCUAGACGGAUUUGAACAAUUUUUGGUACAAAGGUGUAACAUCAGAAGAUACAGAUCAAGUUAGUGAGCUUGUCGGUUGGUCGGUCGGUCGGUCGGUUUUCAUGGUUUCCGGACGAUAACUCAUGAAAGGCUAGACAGAUUUAAAAAAAAAUGGUACACAGGUGUAACAUCAGAAGAUACAGGUCAAGUUCGAUAUUGCGGCUGGCGGGGCCAAGGUCAAGGUCAUUGUUACUAAAAAAGAAAAACUGUUUCAGGACGAUAACUCAUGAAAGGCUAAACGGAUUUGAACAAUUUUUGGUACACAGGUGUAGCAUCAGAAGAUACAGGCCAAGUUCGAUAUUGGGGCUGGUGGGGCCAAGGUUAUGGUCACUGUUACUAAAAAAAGAAAAACGGUUUCCGGACGAUAACUCAUGAAAGGCUAGACGGAUUUGAACAAUUUUUGGUACAAAGGUGUAACAUCAGAAGAUACAGGUCAAGUGCGAUAGAUCCUUCAAAAACUAAAUGAGCAAAUAUUUACCUUAAACGUAAUUGACACUUGAAAAGAUGAACAAACAAAACAAAUCCAGCAUGCUUCAUUUGAACCAGAUGCCAGUGGAAUACCAGCAGGACUUAAGUAUGGCAUAUUUGCCACAGUAGUGCUUACUACAAAUAUUGACCUGUCAGAUGGACUUGUUAAUUCGGCUACAGGAACAGUCCCGGGAUUUAUUCCCAGGUGGAUAAGGAUGCAUUCAAGCCCAAAUAUGUACUUGUAAAAUUUGAUGAUGAUCGUGUUGGAAGAAAAGCUCGUGAAUGCUCUAGAUGUCUUAUUCCAGAAUAGAUCAGCUAGAGCAUCAGCUAGUUUUUUCUUGUCAGCAGUGUAACUUCUAAAUUACUCAACAGAUUUAAAUAAAACAAUACAUGCAUGAUAAAAGAAGAUGCAGUGUGCAGUAACCUUGGAGUUAUGGCCUCUUUUCAAAGGAAUGGUUUUCCAUCCCUGUGUCCAGGCGGCAUUUGGGGGUAUUCGUCACUCCUGUGACAGCUCUAGUUAUAAUAAGCAUACACACAUGUACACGUUAAACAUUCAAGAAAAGAACUUUCAAUUAUUUGUAUAUAUUCUUCGACAAUCAAUCGUACAUGAGAAUAUCAUGUAUAACAAUUGCUUUAGUGUCUUGAAUUUCAUAACACCUAUAACAGUUAAAGUACACUUAUAAUAAACUUGCCUAACAUUUUGUUAUAAAAUCACUAAAAACAAUUAAAUUACCAAUGUUUGUAAAUGUAAAAUAUGUUUUUGAACAAAUAUUACGUACAUUGUAUAUAUACGAACCUUUUCACAUGUCAGAAUAAUUGCUUGGGUGAAUAUGUACCUUUAUUUUAUGACGCCAUCAUAAUAUUAAA